AUGACACCCAAGAUAAGCGCGGAGGCCAUGGAGGUCCCCAUCCAGCUCCCGAAAUCCCCUCCCUCGCCCUUCGCCUCGGCUGCCCGGGCCGCGACGGAGGGCCGGGGAGUGGCUGAGAUGGGGGCCUUCGACGCCCAGCGAAUCGACCGGGCACCCCUCCACCCCAGCUCCGCGCCCAUCGACCCCUCCAAAGCCCUCGGAGAACCCGUCACGGGGCCCGGGGGCGGGGGCUCGGAGGCCUGCCCGUCCCCCUCCACCAACACCUCCCCCGGCACCCCUGGGAGGCUGCCACCCCCCCACCCACCCCGCGCCGAGCCCCCGAACCCCUACGCCCCCAGGGCAUCCCCAGCCCUGCCCAGGAGCCCAGUGACGACAAACGCCUGGCAGGUGCUGCGCCAGCGCAUCCUGCGGCCCACCCGGAACCUGAGCCUGGACGGCAACGAGGGCCGGCGCGCAGCCCCAGGCCCAGGGGACGCCCAUGGUGACGGGGACGGCAAGUUUUCGUGGCGCAACAUGUCCAUCUCUGGCUGGACGAGGCCCAGCAUCUCGGCGGGGCCCGGGGGUGGACAGCCUGUGCAGGCCAUGCUCCCCGCGCUGCAGCGCCAGCUGGGCGCGGUCAUGAUCGCCGACGUCACCGGCUUCACCGCGCUGACGGAGCUGCUGAGUCAGCAGGGCAGCGUGGGCCUGGAGCUGCUAACCAAGUGCAUGAACCGCUACUUCACGCAGGUGAUCGACCAGAUCCUGCUGUACGGCGGCGACGUCAUGCGCUUCGCGGGCGAUUCCAUGAUCGUACUGUUUGCGCCCACGCCCGAGGAGGCCAGCUCCUCCCUGGACGGCGGGCUGCAGUGCGCGCUGCUGCGCGCCGUGGCCUGCGCCUACACGCUGACCCAGCGCUACGGCGCCAUGCGCAUGCUGCCCAACGGCGACGUCGUGGAGUACGUGGCGGAGGACCCCGUGGGCAGCCUGCUGGGCAAUGCGGGGCGCCCCGUGGCGGCCACGCUGCUGGGCGCCGCCGACUCGGUGACCAUCGCGGUGGAGGGCAUCCUGGUAGGCGCCGCCUCGGCCGCCAGCAAGUCCAUGGCGCGGCACCGUGAGCGCAGCGGCGCGCGCAACGCCGCCGCGCUGUCCGCCGCCAUGGCAGCCGCGCGCGACGGCGCGGGGGCGGGUGCGGGCGUGGCCUCGCCGCCCUCCUAUGCCAGCGGCGAGCUGGAGUCGGCCUCCUCUGACGCGGGGGCCAGCCAGCGGGAGGCCAGCCUGCCCGGCACGGUGCCCUCCUCGGGCAACACCGAGGCCGGCGCGCCGCUGCGCGCGGGCGCCGAGCGCCUGCACACCCGCCACGCCAGCUCGGGCUCGGCGGGCAGCGACCCUGACGCGCCGGGGGCCGGUCAACCCAGCGGCGAGGCGGGCAAGGAGGCGUCGUCGCUGGCGGUGCCGGCGGCGGCGCCGGCAGCCAAUGCCGAGCCGCCCUCGUCGGGCAGUGGGGCCACGGCGGCGACGUCCUCGGCCACGCCGCCGCCGCCCGACGCCGGCACCGCACCCCUGGGGCCCAGCCUGGCGCAGGAGCGCGCGCUGCAGGAGAUGGCGCUGGCGCGCCUGGCAGAGUACACGGGAUCGCUCAAGUCGGUGCGGCCGCCGGAGCUGCCGGCGCACCGCGGCGCGCGCGCGCCGCCCCCUGGUGCCCCCGCCUCGCGCUCGCUGCCGGCGGGCGGCGCCGACGGGCCGGCGGGCGAGGGCGCUGAGGGGGGUGCUCCGAUCCGUGUGUCGGCCUCUGAGCCGGUCAUGGCCCGGCCCACCAGCAACGGCGGCAGCGGUUCGACACCCCACCUGCCGCACGCGCCGUCCUCGUGGGACGGGCGCGUCUCGUCUCUCGCCUCCCUCAGCUCACAGUCGUCCUACACCUCGGCCUACGGCGGCGGGCGCGCGGGGUCGGGCCAGUUUGGCGGCGGUGGGCCGCGCUCCUCCCAGCCCACCAUCACCGAGGAGGAGGCGCGCAGCGAGGCCGGCACCUCCGCCGCGGGCGAGGGCGCGCCCUCCAGCGCGGGCGGAGCCACGCCCGGCCGCGGCCUGCAGGCCGAGCGGUCGGGCCCCUCCGAUGCGCCCUCCUCGGAUGUGACCUUCCCGGACCUGCCCCCGCUGCGUACGCCCAGCGGCACGGGCGCCGGCCGCGGCCGCGGCGCCGGCGUGUCCCGCCAGGUCACCCGCUUCUCGCUGGCGGAGGGCGCGGGCGCCGCGCCGGGCGCAGGCGUGCCCGAGUCGCGCCAGCGCUGGUCGCUGGGCGGCGUCGUGCGCUCCGCCAAGGGCCUGCUGGGCGGCGUGGGGCGGGCCGUCACGCCGCACGGCUCGCGGCGCGAGAGGCGCGAGGCGGUGGAGCGGCGCGGGCCGCCGCCACGCGGCGCGGCUGGGCCUUACGCCGCGCCGCGCGAGACCGUCAGCUCCUCCUCCAGCCUGGUGGGCAUGGCCAGCCUGGCCCAGCUGUCGGACCAGCUGGGCGAUUACUCGGCCCGUGUGGCCAGCACCUCCAGCCCCCUGGGCUCCGGCGGCGCCGGCGGCGACAUGAAGAUGCUCAUCUCCGCCGGCACCGUCUGCCUCUUCCACGUCGGCGGCGGGCUGGAGCCGGGGGAGGAGGACGGCGUGGGCGCGCCGCGCUGGGACUUCUUCAUGGGCGACGCGCCGCACGCGGCCUCGCGGCGCACGCGCCAGCCCAUCGCCCAGCUGGCCGAGAUCGAGAAGCACGCCGCGUCGGGUGAGACCGUGCUGUCGGACGAGGCGGCCCUCCUGCUGCGCACGAAAUGCUCGUUGGAGCGGCUGGAUGAGGGCACGCAUCGGCUGGUGGCGCCGGGGUCCGACCCGGUCAUGCCCCUGGACGACGAGGGCGAGCCCACGGCCUGCUACGCGCCGGUGCAGUCCACGCCCAGCGCGGACGCCGCCGCGCUGGCAUACCUGCCCCCCAUGCAGCGCAUUCGGGCGCUGCAGAUCAUGCGCAUGCAUGUCCCCCAGAACGUGCGGCAGCGGGUGGAGGCAGGGCACAUCGACUACAUCAACGAGACGCGGCUCUGCACCGUGCUCUUCCUCGGCUUCCCGGGCCUAUCCAAGCCGCUGCCGGUGUCGUUGGCACGCUCGCCGGAGCUGGCGCAGGGGCAGGGGUUGGGAGGAAGGGCGCCGGGGAGCUCCAUGGAGCAGGGCUCCUCGCCGUCGGCCGGCCACCCGGCGGCGUCGGUAGACAUGCAGCCAAACGGCGCCGCGCCGCGCCCGAGCAGCCGCGGCGCGGAAAUAGCGCCGUACGACCCCGAGGACAACCCCAGCACACGCAGCGACGCGCGGGGCGGGGACGGCGGCAGCGGCAGCGCAUCGGAGGCCCUCCAGCGGGAGGGCGGCGAGAGGGGCGCGUCGGCCGGCGGCGACGCGUCGGCCGGUGGAGACGCGUCGGCCGGUGGAGACGCGUCGGCCGGUGGAGACGCGUCGGCCACGACCGCCAGCGGCAGUGCCAGCGCAGGCGGCUCGGGCGGCACAAACGACAGGCCUGCAGACGUCGGCGCAGCAUCGAGGUGCCCCGCCGCGGCCGCCUCCCGCGCCGCCACGCCCCCCCCCCUGAGCGAGGAGGAGGAGAUCGCGUGCGUGCAGCGCACCCUGGAGGUGGUCCAGCGGCGCAUGCGCCAGUACGACGGCUGCCUGCUGCAGAUGCGGUGCGACGAGAAGGGCUUCCUGGCCAUCUGCGCCUUUGGCCUGCCGGGCAACUCGCACGAGGACCGUGCGGUGCGGGGCGUGCAGGCCGCACUUUCCAUCGCGGCGGGGCUGCGCCGCCACGGCUUGGCCACGCACAUCGGCGUCACCUCCGGCCAGCUCUUCUCCACGCUGGUGGGCAGCCAGCGCCGCGCGGAGUACACCCUCUUCGGCGACUCCAUCAACCUGUCGGCGCGGCUCAUGUGCCGCGCACGCGACGGCCUGGGCGAGGUGCUGGUGGACCGCCCCACGUACGUCCAGGCGCGCAUGCGCGUCGCCUUCCGCGAGCUGGCCCCCAUCUUUGUGAAGGGGCGCGUGGACGCGGUCAACGUCUUCGCGCCGAUCUCUUCUUCGUCCGGCAGCGGCGGCGGCGUGAGGCUUCCAAACGCUGUGGCCCCCUCGGGAGCCAGCUACGCCGGGGAUGACUCCUUCAUGCGUGCCAUCCGCUCGGCGCCGCCGCCAGAGAGCGUGGCCUCCGAGGAGGCCGGCGACGCCGUGCCGCGCCCCAGCGCCGCGUCCUCCUCGGCGCCUGCGCCGGCAUCGGCCCUGCGCCGCGCGGGCAGCCUGCCGCUGCCGCUGUCCAUCCUGCCCGCGGCCGCCGAGGUGCGGCCGCUGGUCGGCCGCCGGCGGGAGCUGGAGAUCGUGUACGCGCGCGCGCGCGCGCUGGUGCGCGACCGCCAGGGCGGCGUGGUGCUGAUCGAGGGCGAGCACGGCAUGGGCAAGACGCGGCUGGCCGCGGAGAUCCAGGAGGGCCUGGCCGCGGGCGUGGCCGGCGGCGUCUGCGUUGCCGCAGGCCGCGCGCUGGUCGAGCGUCGCACCUGCGCGCUCUACGCCUGGCGCCGUCUGAGCAGCGGCUACAGCGCGCUGCUGGAGUCUCAGGGCGUGGGCGCGGGCGACUCGCCCGGCUCGCCCGGCGGGCCCCUGGCCGGGCCGCCGCGCGCCGGCGCCGGCGCCGGCUUCGGCGCGCCGCUCUCCGUGGGUAACGCUCACCCCCCCCUGCCCAGCGACGAGGAGGCGGACAGCCUGGAGGGCGCCGGGUCGGAGGGCAGCGACCUGGGGGCGGGCGCGCGCCUGCACGGGCACGCGACAUACAUGCCCAACCUCGGCGCGGGCGUGCCGGGCAUCUCCGCCACGCCCGCCAGCGGCGCGGUGCAGGACAUGAACCCCCACCACAAGACGCGCCAGCUCCAGUUCCUCCUCGUCGACAUCCUGCGCGAGUUUGCGGCGGCCUACGGUCCGCUGGUGGUCAUCCUGGAGGACGUGCACUACUUUGACACCGCCUCCUGGGUCCUCUUCUGGCUGGCCUCUAAGGAGCUGCCGCGCUCGGUGCUCUUCCUGGCCACGCUGCGCCCCGGUUUUGCUCAGCCCGCCGCCAGUCUGCGCGGGCAGGACCGCAAGGCGGUGCUCCUGCGCAAGGUGCGCGAGGCCUACAACCGCCUGCUGCGGGAGCCCACCACGCUGCACCUGCAGCUGGCGCCGCUGAGCGCGGCCGAGACGCGCGAGUUCGUGGCGCAGGCCCUGGCGGGCAUCCGCGUGCCCGACCACGUCACCGCCAUGCUGUGGGAGAAGUCCAGCGGGCACCCAGCCUUCCUGGAGCAGUUUGUGGUGUUCCUGCAGUACUACAGCCGCGUGGCGGCGGCCGCGCUGGCCACGGGCGCGCCCGCGGAAUCGGGGCCCAGCACCUUCCAGCUGGUGUCGCACGGCAUGGAGUUCAUCCGCAACACCGUGGGCAUCCACUCCAUCAUACAGGACAGGGUGGACCGCCUGGCGCCGGAGUACGCGCUGCUGCUGAAGGUGGCGUCGGUGGGGGGGCUCACCAUCUACGCGGCGCACCCGCAGUCGCCGAGCCUGGAGUCGGUGCUUGCGGGCUUGGACUACCUCCAGUCCCAGCGCUUCGUUCAGCAGGACGAGGUCGACGAGAACCUGUGGCGCUUCUGCCAGGUGCUGGCGCGGGACGUGGUGUUCGACAUGAUCCCCAUCACCCAGCGGCGCGACUGGCACGGGCGGCUGGCGGCGGCCAUGGAGCGCCUGGCCCCCCGACCUGCCCCUCCCCCCCUCCACCAUCGCCUACCACUGGCUGGAAUCGUGCGCGGGGCUUGA